AUGAUUAGAGACCGCUUAGUAGUGGGUUGCCGGGAUAUCGCAAUUCAACGCAAGCUGUUAAGUGAGUCAUCCCUAACCUUACAACAUGCACUUCAGACCGCAACAGCUAUGGAGGUAGCCGACAGAGAUGUCGAAAAGCUCAAGGUAUUGAGUAAAGGGACCGAGUCACCUACAGUUCAGAAGAUGCAGGGCAGAAGCCAGCGUAAACCAUUUGUGUCCUCAUCGCAUAAAAAUACACAUCAAAGACAGAAGCAGGAAGUGCAGGAAAAGCCUCAAAAGCCAAGUCAAAAGAAACAGGAAAAACCUGCCUCAAGAUGUUGGAGAUGUGGUUCAGGUGAUCAUGUCCAGUCAGCAUGUAGAUUUAAGGAUGAGAAAUGCUAUCAGUGUUCUCAAGUGGGUCACACCCGCAGCCAGUGUGAGAAGAUCAAGCAAUACAGAUCUAGAAAGAAAUCUUCAAACCACUUGGAUGGUGAGGAAGGUGCAGAACUGACAGAAAACAUGCCCAGUGUAGAACUCAGACACCUUAGGGGUGGAAUGGUAAAUAAGAUGGCAAAGUACAGUGAACCGUUCCAGACUAGCCUAAGCCUAAAUGGGAUCCAAGUUAACUUAGAAAUAGACACAGGAAGCCCCUGGACGAUGAUGUCGCAGCAGGAUUUCCAUAAACUGGGACAUCGAGCUGAUGUGAAGCAGACAAAUGUUUCGUUGAAAACAUACACAGAGUCAUCAGUACCAAUCAUUGGUGAGGCAAUGGUAGAAGUCAAGUUUGAUGCCAGCCAACCACCAAAGAAGUUGACACUUCUUGUAGUUGAGAAAGGUGUUGCGUUACUGGGCCGAGACUGGAUGCAAGCCGCACCAGGAGGAAUUUACAAAUUCCUACAGGAUCGCCUCAACCUUCAAACAAAUGUUUCCAACAAUCCAGAAACCGUGCAUAAGAUACAAACUACCUUACAAGACAUUUUAGUGAAGCACAAGCAAGUGUUUGACUGUUCAAAAGUUGGUAAACUUGAAGGCUACCAGGCAAAGGUGCAUCCACAAGACGAUGGAGAUAAAGCCAGGUUCUACAAAGCUGCACCAGUCCCAUAUGCAAUGCGCCAGAAAAUUGACGAAGCCAUUGAUGAGCUACAGGACCAAGGUGUGAUUGAGCCGGUGAAGUUUGCUGAUUACGCAUGUCCCAUUGUAGUGGUGAAGAAACCAAAUGGUAAAGUCCGCAUCUGUGGCAACUAUAAGUUGACAGCAAAUAAAGUUCUAAGGGUGGAACGGUACCCAAUUCCUUCGCUCCAGGAUAUGCUCCAGGACUUAGGUGGAGGUAAACAGUUCAGCAAGCUUGACCUUUCACAUGCAUACCACCAGAUAGAACUUGAUGAACAAGCAAGGAAGUACACCACAGUAAAUACACACAGAGGACUGUUUCAGUACACUAGGUUACCCUUUGGUAUAGCCACAGCCCCUGCGCUAUUCCAAAGAGCAAUGGAGUCACUCUUAGCUGACAUACCAAUGUGUCGCCCAUACCUAGAUGAUAUUAUAGUUAGCGGGAAGACAGAUGAAGAGCACAUCGCCAACUUGCAAGCUGUACUACAUUGCCUAGAGAGUAAUGGACUUCGACUGAAAAGGGAAAAGUGUGAGUUCAUGAUGGACUCGGUGGAGUUCCUUGGCCACAAGCUGGAUCAGCAUGGAGUUAGCCCACUCCCAGACAAGAUAGAAGCCAUAAAGAAGACUCCAAGACCACAGAACCAGAGUCAACUACAGGCAUACCUAGGACUUCUGGGAUACUAUCGGAAGUUUAUACCGAAUUUGACCAAAGAGAUAGCCCCACUAAUAACACUGUUGAAGGCAGAGUAUGCUUCAGUGCCAAAGAAGCGAGGCGACCGGAACAAAGCAGAUCCAAACCUGAAGUGGGGAGGAGACCAAGAAAGAGCCUUCUAG